AUGGGAAUCGGUUCGGCCGGACUGCAGAUCAAAGGUUGCAAAGAGAUCAUGGCUCUUGAAACAAGCACGGGAUCAGUACCCAGAGCUUUUCAAAAUACGGUCAACUACCUUUCGAGGACCUCAUGUGAGACUUCGUGGAAAGGAACACUUUUGGAUAACCACUUGAAAAGCGUCGCGGAUUCUAAGAAGAACUCUAGCAUAAAGGCGACUUUAGCUUUUGCGGGUAGAAGACACGCCAGCGCAAAAGGUACUCAGGAACAGAGAAAUCCUGCGCCCAUUGCCUUGCCUCACGCAUUUGGACGCAAGCAGGUCUCAUUGGAACAAGGCUAUCACGACGUAUUCAACCUGUUGAGAUCCCUCUUGUGGAAGCCACUCCACAGGGGAUUAAAACCACAGAGAAACGGCUGCACGGGUGACCUGAAGCAAAUCGACUGCCGUGGACUAUCUGGUAUGCCAUUCCUUGCCUUUGCCUACAUGUCCUUCACCUAUGCAGACCAGGCACCUUCGUUAUGCAACGGCCCCAAGCUUUGGCACAUGGGAGACCACAUUCCAGGAAAGCCAUUAGAGGCAUUGAACCCAUCUCGUUGGCGUUCCACGGAGUCGCGAUUGCGCUCGAAUAUUCCGUUAGAGCUAGAGUCAAUUGGAAAAUCAGUCUGGGUGAAUCUUUCAGAAGUAUAUAUCGCCCGGGAACUUGGGUCCGUAGUCACUUUUUCUUUUGUAGACAAUGCAUUCACUCUUAGCACUCUUGUCGAGGAAGACUUUGGUGUAGGUGUUCUGCGCGCAAGUGCUUUUGUUUCCGGAGGGGUUCAAUCUAUCGCCCAUUGA